UAUAAAUCAGGCUUAAGGCAGAUGGAUUCCCAAGCCCGAUGCGGAGGAGCAGAAGAUGGGAUACGCAUUUUCUCUGUCUCUCUAAUAAAUCAGAAAUCAGAAAAAGAAUACAGAUUACAAAUUAAGCAAUUCUAAGAAGAAAAACAAUGGAAAGCUCAUCGGAAUUGGUACCUUUCCCGUUGUUAAUGACGCCAAUCACAUCCAACUAUAGAGCUUGCACUAUUCCUUAUAGGUUUCCCUCUGAUAAUCCCAGAAAGCCUACUACUACUGAGCUUCAAUGGAUCGACCUCUUCUACAGUUCCAUCCCUUCCUUCAAGAAACGUGCUGAAAGUGAUACUACAGUUGCGGAUGCUCCUGCUAAAGCUCAAAAGUUUGCUCAAUGGUAUUCUGAGAUCCUUGAGGACUUGAAGAAAGAUCCUGAAAAUCAUGGUGGUCCCUCUGAUUGCAUUCUUCUGUGCAGACUGAGGGAGCAAGUACUAAGAGAAUUGGGGUUUAGAGACAUUCAAAAAAGUCAAGAGGAUGAAGAGAAUGCAAAAGCUAUAUCUAUAUUUGAGGAUGUUGUUCGUCUUAAUGACGCUAUUGAAGAUGGAACCCGGCGUCUAGAGAAUCUGGUUAAAGGAAUAUUUGCAGGAAACAUAUUUGACCUUGGUUCUGCACAGCUUGCUGAGGUUUUUUCAAGGGAUAGAAUGUCAUUUUUGGCUAGUUGUCAAAAUCUUGUUUCUCGACCUUGGGUUUUUGAUGAUUUAGACACCUUCAAAGUGAAAUGGAGCAAGAAAUCUUGGAAAAAGGCUGUGAUCUUUGUUGAUAAUUCUGGUGCAGAUAUAAUUUUGGGUAUUUUGCCCUUUGCAAGGGAGCUGCUCCGACCUGGAACUCAGGUAGUGUUGGCUGCUAAUAGCUUGCCUUCUAUUAAUGAUGUCACAUACCCUGAACUGAUAGAGUUUAUAUCAAAGUGGAAAGAUGGAAGUGGAAAGCCCGUGGCUGUCGAUACCUCUAAUCUUUUGAUUGCCAAUUCUGGAAAUGAUUUGCCAGUUAUUGAUCUUGCAAGCGUAUCGCAAGAGCUAGCUUAUUUAUCUAGUGAUGCAGACCUCAUAAUAUUGGAAGGAAUGGGUUGUGGGAUAGAGACCAAUCUUUAUGCUCAGUUUAAGUGUGAUUCUCUCAAGAUUGGAAUGGUGAAACAUCCAGAGGUUGCUCAGUUUCUUGGAGGACGGCUUUAUGAUUGCGUUUUCAAGUACAAUGAAGUUUUGAGUUAAUAAUUUUAUUCAUAUCUGUACUUUUAACUCAUUUGUUCAUAGCCAAUUAUUCAAUAGACACAUAUAUUUUAGGUCAUUAUCACUUGGAAGAAUUUACAUCUGUGAACAAAAGUCUGUUCAUUCAAUAAUAAAGAAGCACGGAAACUGAUUAAUACA